GCAAGAUGAGUGUCGUACGGUUCGACCAUGCCGACUGUUCGGGCGCGGUCCUCUACACGAGCAGCCCUGGUCCAGUGGCGCUCACCAACUGCACGGACGGACUUGUGGCCAAUGCCAAUUUGACGCUCGACCAAUACUUGCCCAAUUUGCAGUACAUGACGGUGCGCCACCCAGACGCGACGGUCGAGGUCGUUGUCAGUAGGCUCUGCGUCGGCACGGCACCCGCAUCCAGUCCCCGCUACGUCUAUGCCGACUGCCACCGCAGCACGUUUGGCGCCUUUAGCGACAGCAACUGCACCCUACCCAUGAACACGGCCAGCGGUCUCCACGCAACGUGUGAUGUUCCAUACCGCGUUGCCGCGUCGUUGGAAUCCGGUGUCGAACUUCGUGCUGCGCUCUAUGAAAAUCCCGACUGCACCGGCGCCGUCGUGUGGACGACUACCAACAGCUCGAGCGCCGGCGCCUCCGACACGUGCUCGAACGGCUUUCUCGCUGGUUCGCCGGAUGCGCACCUGCUCUAUCAAGGACACAUGCGGUACAUGACGUUGUUGCAGUGGACCAAUACCGAGAUGCAAGUGCUCGACGGGCUGUGCACCGCUAUCUCGACGACUGCGACGCCCCCGUACCUUCGCGUCGACUGCGACAGUCUGACGUUUGGCUACUUCUCCGAUGGCAACUGCACGUCGCCGAUCGAAAAUGCGUGGACUGCGGCGACGGCCACGUCAGCCAUCGCUUGUCGGUACGAGGCGAGCAUCAUCGACAACGCGGACGCAGCGCUCGUCCUCUACGUCACACCCGACUGUGCCAACGGCAUUGUGUACGCAACGUCCAAGGUUUGGGGUGCUAGCAAUGGCACCACCGCCGUUGCCCCGGGUGUUUGCGCCACCGGGUUUGUAGCCGGCGUGUCGGUGGCCGUCGACGCGUACUUGCGGAACGUGCAAUACAUGACGAUCGACCACGCGGAGACUGGGUUCACUGAAGUUGUGGUCGAUUCGGUCUGCAUCCCGACGUCGACCAGCGGGUCCACCUACCUAUUGACGGACUGUUCGUCGGGGCAAUUUGGCUACUUUUCCGACGAGAAUUGCGUUCACGCCAUGUACACGGGCGCCGAAAAGGCCACAGUUGUCUGCUCGGUGCUCCGCCCCACGUCCGGUGUCUGGCCGACGUUCGUCCAUACACUACAGGCUUUAAGCAGCCCCUCUACGGAUUGCAAUGAGAGCGCCGGUGUUACGUAUGCGAUGACCAACAACCCGAACGGUCUCCGGCUCGAUGUACCCGUCUCGAGUGCCACCGGCGCCAUGUGCGAUGACGGCAUCUUGACCAACGACGUGCUCUCCUCGAAGCAUUUUGUCGCCAACGCAACCUACAUGGUGCUACAGCACGCGGUGUUUACUGAAGCUGCGCUCGACCUUGUCUGUGUACCGGUGCCCAGCGGAUUCCUUUAUGUUGACUGCGCCGACGAUGGCAGCUAUGGCUACUUUGGUGACGUCGGCUGUACCAUUCCGUUGACAUUGACGCCCGAGCUGGUCGACGAGCUCGCGAUAACAAAUGUGACGUGCGUCGUCUUGAACGCUGCGGUGGCGCCAACGACGCCGGCGAGCGCUGGCAAUCGCACAACGAGCGCCGGUGCGACGCCAUUGACACCGACACCGACGGCCAACACCCGCACCACCGCAUCGUCGGCUGACACUACCGGGACCCACGGCGCCUCAAUGUUUGCAGGGAUCGCGGUCGGGGUGUUUUGCGUCGCGACGGUGCUCGGCGGCGCCGUCUACAUGCAGCACAAGCGCAAACAACAGCUGCACAGUGUCCUGCACGAUGUCAAGCCCGUGGCGGCCUCCGAGAGCAGUAUCUAAGACUCUCGGGCGUUGCAGUCAAGGACGCUUCUAUAGCCUCUUAUCAACACGAACUAGUAGUAUAUCCUUUAGACAUAUAUAAUCUGUAGACACUACCGCUGA